AUGACAUGCGCCCGGGUUUCUACUACUCUGAGAAGGGCCAAGGCGUCCCGCGAGGCGGCUUGUUAUCGAUCCUUAGAUACGAACCGUGGUCUCGGCUGGCUAGCGCCUUUUUUGUUGCUGUGCUUUCAUGAAACCGGGAAUAAAUUCGUCGGUGACACCUCAGACACGAAUCUCGUGAAAAUCUACCUCAUGCCUGACUGUAGCCAAAGCCACCAAUACAACUACUACCAACCCGGCAUCGGCGCCUACAUCACAUCACACUCACUGGGCAGUAAAGGCCGCCUCGAACGAAUAAAAUCGUCGUACAAAGGAGCCAAAGAUGCAGCGCUGGGCUCUCAUUCGACGAGCACGUCUUGA